GCCACCGAGCCAUUCUCUUCUCCUCAAAACUUUCCUCUUUCUAUUUUAUCUUCAUCUUCAUCUUCUUCACCUUCUAAUUAUUCUCAACUUUCCAACUGAAGAAUGGGUUCAACAGGUGAGACCCAGAUGACUCCAACCCAAGUCUCAGAUGAAGAAGCAAAUCUCUUUGCCAUGCAAUUGGCCAGUGCCUCUGUUUUGCCUAUGGUUCUCAAAUCAGCCAUAGAGCUUGACCUCCUGGAAAUCAUCGCCAAAGCUGGUCCUGGUGCUUUUGUUUCACCUUCUGAUAUUGCCUCCCAGCUCCCCACAAAGAAUCCUGAUGCCUCUGUCGUUUUGGACCGUAUUCUGCGUCUCUUGGCUAGCUACUCCAUUCUCACCUACUCUCUGCGCACACUUCCUGAUGGCAAAGUUGAGAGGCUUUAUGGUUUAGGCCCUGUUUGCAAGUUCUUGACUAAGAAUGAAGACGGUGUUUCUAUUGCCCCUCUCUGCCUCAUGAACCAGGACAAAGUACUCAUGGAGAGCUGGUACUACUUGAAAGAUGCAGUUCUGGAAGGCGGUAUUCCAUUCAACAAGGCAUAUGGAAUGACUGCAUUUGAAUACCAUGGCACAGAUCCAAGAUUCAACAAGAUUUUUAACAAGGGAAUGGCUGACCAUUCUACCAUUACUAUGAAGAAGCUUCUCGAGACCUACAAAGGCUUCGAGGGCCUCAAGACAGUGGUUGAUGUUGGUGGAGGUACUGGAGCAGUCCUUAGCAUGAUCCUCUCGAAGUACCCUUCGAUAAAGGGAAUCAACUUCGAUUUGCCUCACGUUAUUGAAGAUGCUCCUGCAUAUCCUGGAGUGCAGCAUGUUGGUGGAGACAUGUUUGUCUCUGUUCCUAAAGGAGAUGCAAUUUUCAUGAAGUGGAUCUGCCACGAUUGGAGCGACGAGCACUGCUUGAAAUUUUUGAAGAACUGCUAUGAUGCGCUACCAGAGAACGGGAAAGUGAUCUUGGCUGAAUGUAUCCUCCCUGUAGCACCAGACAGCAGCCUUGCCGCAAAGGGAGUAAUCCAUAUUGAUGUGAUCAUGUUGGCUCACAACCCAGGUGGGAAAGAGAGGACUGAACAGGAGUUUGAAGCCUUGGCAAAGGGAGCUGGAUUCCAAGGUUUCCGAGUUGCAUGCAACGCUUUCAAUACUUAUGUCAUCGAGUUUCUCAAAAAACCUUGAGUUCCUUGGAGCUUUGGCGUCCUAAUUACCUAUUGCUUUGUUGGGGUUUUUGAGAGUACGGUUUUCUCUAUAUAUGUCAAAGGUGGAUUUCCAAUAUAUGCAGUUCUUUUCCCCAAAAAAAAAGUUAUAGUCGCAUAUACUUGUCUAUAUAUAUAUAUAUAUAUGUACUUGUAAGUUGCUUCUAAUUAAUAAAAGUUUUUGAGUUUUGGAUUCAAAUAAA